CGUAGCACAACACAAACUUCAUCCAUCAUCUGAGAGAGAGACAAACAAAACAAAAAUCUCUCUCUCUCUCUCUCUCUCUACCCUCUGAAAUUCGGAUCUGAUUUUGACGGCGUUAGGGUUUUGAAGGGUUUUUCCAUUUUCAUCAAUGGCUACACCUUUUCCCAUUCCUCUCACCGCUGCUCAGAUUGGGACUUACUUUGUGGGUCAGUACUACCAUGUGCUUCAGAAUCAACCUGAGCUUGUUCAUCAGUUCUACUCUGAUGCUAGUACUAUGCUAAGAAUUGAUGGGAAUGCUAGAGAAACUGCUACUGCAAUGCUUCAAAUCCACACAUUGGUUAUGUCACUCAGUUACACUGGAAUUGAAAUCAAGACCGCACACUCUUUGGAGUCUUGGAGUGGUGGCGCUAUUGUGAUGGUUUCUGGAUCUGUGCAAAUUAAGGACAACCUGAGGAGGAAAUUUAUGCAGACAUUCUUCCUUGCACCCCAAGAAAAAGGCUUUUUUGUGCUAAAUGAUAUUUUUCACUUCGUUGAAGAUGAUUUAAUUCACCACCAUCACCACCAGGCAGUCUUGUUAGCUCAGAGCAAUCUCGAUUCAAAACUGAAUGUUCCAAGUACAAUUAAUAUGCCAGUAUCCAACUAUAUGCCGAGUGGAGAUAUCCAGGCUAGGAUAGUAGGGAGGACAAAUGAGGUCAAAGAAAAUGGUGUAGCCGACAAUUAUGGAUAUUCAGAGCAACGCAUUCAGCGAGGCCCUGAUUCUGAACAUAUUAGGGAGGACAAUGCUGCUGAGGACUCAAAUGGCUCACUUCAUUCUUCAGGGAAUGCCGUGCAAGAUCACCUACCUGCUUCUCCUGAAGAACCUGCUGGGGAGCCACAAAAGCACACUUAUGCCUCCAUUUUACGUGUUGCGAAAGGACAAUCUACACCUGUGGCUUCUCAGCCCUCUCAUAAGAACGUUUCCCCUUCAGAAUGGGACUACAUUCCACCUAGCAGUAAUCAGCAAUCAACCGCAUCGGCAAAUGCAUUUGAAAGGUCUGAACCAGAUGCAGUGGAAGAGCUUCCUGCAGCAGAAUAUGAAGAUGAAAUUAAAUCCGUUUAUGUUAGAAACCUGACGCCUACAGUGUCUCCUUCUGAAAUUGAAGAGGAGUUCAAGAAUUUUGGUAGAAUCAGGCCUGAUGGUGUUGUUAUAAGAAGUCGCAAGGAUGUUGGUGUUUGUUAUGCAUUUGUUGAAUUUGAAGAUAUGUCAGGCGUUCAUAAUGCAGUCAAGGCUGGAUCUGUUGAGAUAGCAGGAAGACCAGUAUAUAUUGAAGAGCGGAGGCCGAACAGUAACAUUCCUUCUCGAGGAGGAAGACGGGGUAGAGGCAGGGGUAGCUAUCAAUCAGAUGCACCAAGAGGGCGUUUCAAUUCAAGAAGCUAUGGCAGAGGAAAUGGUCAAGAUGGUGGUGAUCGCGAGUACAACAAACCAAGAGGAAAUGGUUACUAUCGACCGAACCCACGCCAAGAGAGGGGAUAUUCAGGUCACCAAAUGCCAAGAAAUGGGCAGAAUCUUGCUGAGUCCUCCUAAGUCACAGCUAAUUAAAAAAAUAUCAAGAGUCCAAUUUUGUGUCCAGAUAUUUCAGCUCCUAGUAGUCAAUUUCAAUAGAUUAGACCAAAAAUUGGUAUUUUUUAGUCUUAAAUUAAGAUGCUCAGAGAAUAUGGAUGUGAUAUUUUCAUUUAUGAUCAAUUUUGUUCAAAAGGGGUAUUCUAUUCCAUUUGUUUCUCCAGGAUUUUUUUUGUUUAGCUGGUAAUGUGGCUAUUUUAAACAUGACAAGUUUACUCCCAAAUGGAAAUUUGAAAUCUAGUUUUUAUAUUUGUUA